GGACAGAGAGAGGAAAAAAAAAAAAGCCAAACAAAACCAAACCAAAAACCAAACCAAACAAACAAAAAAAAAACUUCAUUCGGAUCUGAAAGUGGCAGGAAAGUGCCUGGCAAGUUGCAGGGAUGGAGCUACACAGCUUGCAAGAGGCGUUAAAAGUGGAAAUCCAAUGUCAUCAGAAACUAGUUGCACAGAUGAAGCAAGAUCCACAGAACGGGGAUCUUAAGAAACAAAUCCAUGAAAGGCAAUCAAGAAUAGCAGCUCUUAAUGAGAAACAAAAGCUGGCGGUGCGGAGCUGCCCCGCGGCCGUUCUGGUGGGCACCGGCGCCAGCGGCAGCGCCAAGCCCGGCGGCGUCCCGGCUCUCCUGAAGGCACCCGGCGGUGGCGGUGUUGGCGGCGGCAGCGGUGGCGGCGGGAGCCCCAGCGGCAGCCCCGGGCAGAGCCUGGCUAUCUCCGUAGUGCCGGCCAAGGCGCCCAUCGCGAUGGUGACGGCGCACCUCAACGGCGGGCUGGGCGUGGAGCCCCCGCAGACCGCCCCCAUCAACCUGCAGACCACGGCCAAGCUGCUCGGCGCCCGACGGCCGCCCGAGCUCGGCUCCAACGCACAGACUUUGGGAACUAUCACUGCAGUGCCCAUUAAGGUUCCUCAGGUCAGCUCCUUGCAGAGGUUGGCAGGACAAGGACCAGCAGUGCUACCUCAGGUUAGGCCAAAGACCCUGAUUCCAGACAGCCUCCCUAUCUCCCCGUGCAGAGACCAACCUUCCAAGCAGCCUCCUACCUUCCAGAAGGCAACUGUAGUCAGCAUCAAAAACCCCAGCCCUGCCCUCCCGACUGCCAAUAACACUGUCAGCCAUGUACAGACACCUAACAGCCAGUCACAAAGUGUCACUGAGCCUACAGCUAUUUCAUCACCUCUGAGCAGUGCAGGUGUGGCAUACGCCAUCAUCUCCACCUCCCCCAGCAAUGCAACUCCUAUCAGCACCAGCGCAACUGUCUCUGUGGUCAACGACAGCAUUAAAGUGCAACCACUCCUCAUUAGUGCCGACAGCAAGGUUAUCAUUAUUCAGCCUCAAGUCCAAACCCAGACAGAAAGUAAAGUGGAGACAAAGAAACCUCCUGAAGAGUCAGCUCAGGGACCCCCUGCUACCAAAAAGAAAAAGGAGGAAAAUCCAGAGAAAAUUGCCUUCAUGGUAGCAUUAGGACUGGUUACAACAGAACAUUUGGAAGAAAUCCAGAGCAAGCGUCAGGAAAGAAAGAGAAGAAGCACAGCAAAUCCAGCCUACAGUGGACUCUUGGAAACAGAGCGGAAACGCCUUGCAUCAAAUUAUUUGAAUAACCCCUUGUUUCUUUCAACAAGAGCAAAUGAGGAUGCGUUCUGGAAGAAUGAAAUCCACCAUGAUGAGCACUGCACUGCUUGCAAGCGUGGUGUUAACUUGCAGCCCUGUGGCACGUGUCCCAGAGCAUAUCACCUCAACUGCUUAGACCCACCCCUCAAAACUGCCCCCAAGGGGGUUUGGGUCUGUCCAAAGUGCCAACAGAAGGUGUUAAAGAAAGAUGACAAUGUGCCAUGGACUGGAACUCUGGCUAUUGUUCACUCUUAUGUUACUCAUAAAACAGUCAAAGAAGAAGAGAAACGGAAGUUAUUAAAGAGAAGCAGUGAGCUGAAGAAUGAGCAUAGACAGUUAGAAGAAAAAGAUCGCCUUCUCAACAAUGCAGUGAAGAAAUGCUUAGAGCUAAAAACCAGCCUGUUGGCCCAGCAGAAAGGGACUCAGUCAUCACUGGAACGUCUCAAAACCCUCAUUAGACUGAUACAAAACGAGCAGAUGAUUCAGGUUACCAUGACGACCACCACCACCUCCUCCCUGCUAACUGUCCCCUGGAUCAAACCCUCCCCUGCCUCCGCUGCCAUGCACAAAGCCUUGCAGCAAUCACAGGGUAACAACUGACAGAGCCGGCUGCCAGAGAGCAAAAGAAGGGGGGAAAAAAAACUUCAUACACAUGCGCAGAGGAGAGAUUAAACUGAAACAAAGGAGAGAAAAGGAACAAUCUCAGUUUUGAUACGCAAAAUAGAAACUUCCAGACCAAUCAGCCCAGUUUGUAGGUCACUGUGGCAGCAGGUUCCCACGGAGUGGGUUGUGCUGUGGUUUUGUAUUUGCCGAGACCUUCAGUGCUUAUGAGAUUUUUGUUGUUAUGUUGGCCUUAAUGUAUUUAUGACUGAGGAUGAGCAGGAAAAGAAUGGCCGAUGGGAAACAGGAUAUCCUUUUGUGGGGGGCAGACAGGUUUCCAGUUCUGCUUUAAGGGGAAAAUUUUCAAUGCAAAGAGUUAGUGAGUUAGUAGAGAAGUAGUUGGGCUGAGAGCUAUGUGUGGGAGGGAAAUUGGUGAGAUAACCAGAAACUGAACUACUUAGGACUCGAGAUGGAUUCUUAUCAGAGGAACAAAGUUGGCCCCAUUGAUUCAGAUGACCUGGAGAUGGGGCCAUGUUGAUGAGAACGGCGUCACAGACGCUCACAGAGCCUUCGAAACAAAAGAUCCUUUUUUUUCAGUAUUAUUAGAGUUGAGAAUUGCAGAUAUUUAAAUAAACUGUAUGAAGUUAGCGUUUCUAGUAAAAUAUUGAAGUAUUUUCAUGCUGAUGCUUCUGUAUAUGCGUUCCGAAGUAUUUAAAAAAGUAUGACUGUAAAACUCCUUACUUUUUUGCAGGUCCUUUUUACUUAUUUUGCUAUCGGUGUAUUUUUCUCAUGGAGUUUUUGUGCAAGAUUUAGCAUAAACCAUAAUAGUGGAUAACUUUGGCAGGUUGGGUUUUGUUUUUUAAAGAGAUUAUUUUGGGGUUUUUCUUUUUUAUUUAUUUGGGUUUUUUUCAAGGAAAAAAGCAAAUAAAUAGUCUGUUUUUUUGUUUCUUGCAAGUACAGAUAAUAUGCCAAAAAGAUAACUUUACAUUUUUGUACUGCAUUUUUAUUGUUAAAAACAUGUAACGUGAUUUUUAUUUUUUUUUUA